AUCUAAGGUCAUCUAGGCCACACAAACCCCAUAAUAAACCUCAUUGGAUUUCUUUAAAGAAAAAAAAGGGACCAAUAUUUUUUCUUUGUCAAUCACCUCCAUUCUACUCCAACCCCAAGUUUUUUUUUUUUUUCCCCACAACUAAAGCCAUCCAAAGAUGGCCGUUCCACAUUACAUAACACUUUCACUUGUCCUUCUCUAUCUCUCCCCAGCCAUUUUGGCAUACUCAACGAAAGAAGUGAAAUCAUGGUGUGGCCAAACACCCAACCCAGAACCCUGUGAGUAUUUCCUAACCCACAACCGUCGUACCGCCCCCAUCAAACAAAAAUCCGACUUCUUCAAAAUCUCCACCCAACUUGCACUAGACCGAGCCGUGUACGGCGAAAGCAACGUGUAUUCAAUGGGGCCCAAGUGCCGGAACUCACAAGAAAAAGCGGCCUGGGCCGACUGCCUCGAGCUCUACCAAUACACGGUUCUCAGACUCAACAAGACAGUUGAUCCAAACACAAAGUGUUCCCAGUACGAUGCUCAAACAUGGCUCAGCACCGCUCUCACUAACCUCGAGACUUGUCGUGCUGGGCUUUUAGAGCUCGGUGUGUCCGAAUAUCUUUUGCCUUUGAUGACAAACAAUGUUUCCAAAUUGGUCAGCAACACUUUGGCUAUAAACAAUGCACCCGACAAUUAUCCUCCACCAACUAACAAACAGGGUUUUCCUAACUGGGUUAAUCCCGGCGACCGGAAACUCUUGCAGUCGUCUUCCCCGGCUUCUCAGGCCAAUAUCGUGGUGGCCCAAGAUGGUUCUGGAGAUUAUACUACUGUAAAUGCUGCAAUAAGCGCAGCUUCAAAGAAGAAAGGGAGUGGCAGGUUUGUAAUAUAUGUGAAGUCAGGGACAUAUAAGGAAAACGUCGAGAUAAAGUUGGACAAUAUUAUGUUGGUGGGUGAUGGUAUUGGAAAAACCAUUAUCACUGGUAGCAGAAGUGUUGGAGGAGGUUCUACGACUUUCAAAUCAGCAACCGUGGCGGUUGUUGGAGACAGAUUCAUUGGGCGUGACAUCACAAUCAGAAACACAGCCGGACCAUCCAACCACCAAGCCGUGGCACUGAGAUCCGGGUCGGAUCUAUCUGUAUUCUACAGAUGCAGCUUCGAAGGGUACCAAGACACCCUCUACGUCCACUCCGAACGACAAUUCUACAGGGAAUGCGACAUCUACGGCACAGUGGAUUUCAUCUUUGGAAACGCCGCUGUCGUUUUGCAAAACUGCAAUAUUUACGCACGUAACCCUCCAAACAGGACAAAUACCAUCACUGCCCAGGGCAGGACCGACCCGAACCAGAACACGGGCAUUUCUAUCCACAAUUCUCGGGUCACAGCCGCAUCGGAUCUAAAAUCGAAUACGGGUUCGGUCAAAACGUAUUUGGGGAGACCAUGGAAGGAAUACUCCAGGACUGUUUUUAUGAAAACAUACCUUGAUAGCUUGAUUAACCCAGCAGGUUGGUUGGAAUGGAGUGGCAAUUUUGCCCUUAAGACCUUAUACUACGGCGAGUAUUUGAACACCGGACCCGGCUCGUCCACCAGCAACAGGGUCAAAUGGGCCGGGUACAAGGUCAUUACCAGUGCCUCCGAGGCUUCAACUUUCACUGUUGGGAAUUUCAUUGCAGGAAACAAUUGGUUGCCAGCAACUAAUGUGCCUUUCACAUCCGGUCUUUGAAUUUUAAUUAAUUUUGCAAUUUUAUUCUGUCAUUUUUAAGUAAUUAUAAAGUUGAUUUGUGGAAUAAAGUCUUAAAAUUCGCUGAUCGAUUAGUGCCAGAAAAAAUGGAGGCAUUUAGAUCUUUAAUUUGUUGGCUUUUGUGAAAUAUAAAUGUAAAUUUGCCAUUCUUUUUGUGGAUUUAAUUUGCAUAAAAUUAACAAGAAAUUAUAUGA